GAGCUGCCAGUUCGUUGUGCACCUCGCAUCCGGCCGGUCGUAUUCCCGGCAUCCCUUUGCUGCUUGUAUUAUGGUGACUGCCUCCGGUGCGGUUCAUAUCUGUAAUCAAAUCGCCAUCGACAUUAACGGUGGCUUCGUCCACGGAAGGGAUACGGUCCCUGCUGGCAGAACUGGAGAUGUCUACCAGUCGAGGCUUGCCUGCCACGCUGCCCAGAUCGGAGUCUGAGAUCGUUGUCGACUUUACGAGGCCGCCGCCAACUUCCGAGGAUGAGAUGAGUCACGACUCGCUUAACGAAGUUGAGUUCACCCUUCAGAAGCUCCCAGGAACUUCAAGGAGCAGCUCCAAAAACGCCUUGUAUAUGGAUGACUCUGACGGGGAGGCGUCCAAGUCUCCCCGACGGUCUUACGGUAUUAAUAGCUCCCUGGAUGGCCAGGAUACACUAGGCAACACCUCGGAGUGGCGACACAACAGAAGUGAGAGUAACACCUCCAGGGGCUCCAUCAAAGUCGUCACGGACAACAGGAGAAAGCGCCGGACCCUUGGCAGAGAGCUGAGCGGGAACACCUUCUCUCCCACCAGCUCUCCGGCCUACUCCUUCCGCAGCACCAUUGACCUCCUGCCCUCCUCCAAGAAGCGUCGAGGACUCAGACAACAGGUGAUAGUGACGUUCGCCUGCUGCCUGGGUCCCCUGGCCUGUGGGUUCGCCCUGGCCUUCAACCUCACCAAGAACCCCGCCGAGUUGAUGAGACCAGAGCUGGGAGCUUGGAGGACCUACGUCCACCUCUUAGGGUGCUUGAGCGGCGGGUUCUUGUCCGGGUUCGUGGCCAACUACGGGCGGAAGGUGGUGCUGCUGGUGACGAUGGUGCCCAUGGCCUUGUCCUGGCUCUUCGUCAUCUUCGCCACAAAGGUGUGGAUGGUGUUCGUGUUCCACGCGACGUCCGGGGUGUGUACGGGGGUGGUGGUGGUGGUGGCGCAGGUGUACGUGGCAGAGAUCUCCGUGCCAAGGAUACGUGGCGCCAUGUCUACUGCACCUCUUCUUGCCUUCCAGACGGGUUCCCUAUUGUGUUUUAUGCUGGGGGAGAUUCUGGUGUGGAAGAACCUGGCCAUCGUUGGAGUCUGCGUGACCGCGCCGGUAUUCGUCGCUCUCGUCCUGUGCAUGCCAGAGUCCCCGAGGUUCCUCAUACACGUCCACCCGAACGACGCAUUGGCGACCCUUCAGUGGCUGCGGGGCAUCGAGAACGACGUGAUGGAAGAGUACCACGACAUCUCCGACAGCUGCGACAUGGACCGCUGGAGCAUAAUGUGUGACGAUCUGAUGCGGCCGACGUUCUGGAGGCCGCUGUUGAUCUCGUGCGGGCUCAUGUUCCUCUAUAACAUGACGGGCGUGGCCAGUGUCACUCUCUACGGCAUGGAACUCUUCGCUGAAAUAUCCAGCGCCUACAUCAACGUCGCGUACUUCAUUGUUACAGUCGUGUUAAUUGUUGCUAUCACUCUGUCGGCUCUCCUAGUGGAUCAUAUCGGACGAAAACUGCUUUUGUUGCUCUCCCUCACUAUUAUGGCAGCUUCAGCCUUUGUUCUCGGACUCUUCCUUUUCCUUAAGGACCUGCACAAAGUCGACAGCUACUUCAUGUACCAGUGGGUUGCUGAGGUGUUCUGUGUAGUGCUGUUUACCUUCGCCCACGGCAGUGGUGUGGGACCCAUCGCUUGGGUCACCCUCGGUGAGAUAUUCAGCCCACGGUACAAGUGGCUGGGAGUAUCUGUGGCCUCCAUGGUGUUGUGGUCUUCCAUGUUGGCGGUGGACGUCCUAUUUCACAAGAUCCGCAUCGCGGUGGCCACUGGUGGGAUCUUCUGGUUCCACUGCGUCGUCUGCGUCGCCGGUUACAUCUUCAUCCUCGUCUUCUUCCGGGAACUGAAGGAGCAGCGCAUCGACGAUAUUACAAAGUCCUUUGUCAAGAAGCACGAUAGUUUAAUUGAAACUUUCAUUGCAAGAGUGUGAACGAUUUUUCCAUUUAUGGCUGAAUGUUGCGGUCGUGCAAUCCUUUCCACCAUGAUUACGUCAUGUUGAUUACUUCAACAGUGGGAUGAAUAUUGUUAUGUUUCUUGUACAUAUUACAAUCUACAAAGAAUCACAAAUCAAAACUGCCUUAUAUAAUCGUAAUUAGGUGUCGCUUUGGUCUUCACUCGUAUUACUCUGCAUGUCGUAACUCUGAAUUUGUAAAUAAUGUAAAUAGUAUUUAUCGAGAUUGGUUGACAUGCUUGGAGGAGUUAGGUUGACAUGCUUGGAGGAGUUAGGUUGACAUGCUUGGAGGAGUUAGGUUGACAUGCUUGGAGGAGUUAGGUUGACAUGCCUGGAGGAGUUAGGUUGAUAUGCCUGGAGGAGUUAGGUUGAUAUGCUUGGAGGAGUUAGGUUGACAUACGUGGAGGAGUUGGAUUGGCAUGCGUGGAGGAGUUAGGUUGACGUGCGUGGAGGAGUUAGGUUGACGUGCGUGGAGGAGUUAGGCUGACAUACGUGGAGGAAUUAGUUUGAAAUGCGUAUAGGAAUUAGUUUGAUAUGAAUGGAGUCAUAUCUGUUCAUUAUCUAUUAUAAGACACGCAUUAACAACAGGUUUCUUCGUCUCUUAUCUCGCGAGGUCAUCCCUAAACACAAUCAACACAAUUAACCAAAGGUACUUAAUGAAAUAUAAUAAAUUUCCUGAAUCAUUUGUAUAUACAAAACGAUAUUACGUUUUCCAGUGGUAAAACUGGAAUGGUUGGCUAAAGGAGUGCUCAUCACUGUUAAAUGGACAGUUUCCCUUGAUUUAAUGUUUUCCAGCACACUUUGGCAAGCUUCUGUAAUGUAGUGUUUCUCGGCAUGCUUUUGUGACAGAAUGCUGCGUCAUUGUUUGUAGCAUGUGUGUGUGUUUGUGUCUAGCGGGAGCUGUGUCUGUUUCUAGGGUGUCUAUGUCUUCGUUUUCACGUGGUGCUCUAUCUUAGUUUGUGGGGGGGGGGGGGGAAGGUGUGUCUUUGUUUCUGGGGGUGUUGUGCUUUUGUUUUGGGAGUGGUGUGUCUUUCUUUCUGAUGUAUGCUGUGUCUUUCUUUCUGGAGGUGAUGUGACUUUGUUUUUGGGGUGCUGCGUCUUUGUUUCUAGGAGAGCUGUGUCCUUAUUUUCGGGGUGUUAUGUCUUUGUUACUGGGGAUGGUGUAUCUUAGUUUCAGCCUCGAUACUGAGACAAAAGAUCUCCCUUUCUGGCUUAUUUUUUGGUAGGCAGAUAAUCCUGCUACAUUGCUUUCCUCAUUAUUUGGGUUUUACCAUUCUCACUGGUCAGGUUCCACAGUGCAGUAUUUCUCGCCGAACUCAACUUAUCUGCCAAAGGUGGUGGUGUCCAGUGGCUGCAAUGGUUGGUCCAUGAGAAACAAAAGUUACCUGCCUAAAGUGCGCCCGCUCUCCACCUGCCUAAAGCAUUAAUGUAUUAUUUAAUGCAAAGUGCUGAAAAUGUACAUACACUUUGGCCAUAAAUUAAUAUUCUUGUAUGUGCUUCAGGGAGAAGUUAGUACAUGAUGGUGGUAGCCUGCCACACUAAAACAGAGACAACAACGUGACUGAAAGAAAUAACCCAAAACACACAGACAGACACACGCACAUAUUCACACACACUCCCAAAAUAUUCUGGGACUUAGACUGAGUACCCACUUGAGCCACAGGGACGUUAGAAAGAACCUUUUCAG